CACCCUGUUGAAAGCCAAAAUUUCCUGAGCAAUCCAACUAUACAGUCAAUCCAGCGCUGCCAUGGCCCUCGCAAACACCGCCUUCUGCUCCUCGUCCUCUGCCGUCCGUCGAUCUAGGGUUUCGGGUAUCGGUUUCAUUCCACAGCUCUCUCCAUGCGAGCCACUCGCAGUUUUACCGGUUCGCUUCAAGUGCUCAGAACCUGCACUCGCUUUCUCGAGAAAGAAGAAUAUUUUGCAUGCAUCUACCGAUGGUUUGAAUGCAGUUGAUUCAACCUCAUUGAAGUUUGAUCGAGAUGCCGAUUAUGUCCCUAUGCCAAUAGUUCUGAUAGAUCAAGAUUCAGAUUCUGAUGCAACAAUUGUUCAGCUCAGCUUUGGGGAUCGCCUGGGAGCUCUCAUUGACACGAUGAAAGCAUUGAAAGAUUUGGGACUGGAUGUGUCAAAGGGAACUGUUGCCACUGAGGGAUCAGUCAAACAAACAAAAUUUUUCAUCACACGAUUAGACACAGGGCGCAAAGUUGAAGAUCCUGAUAUGUUAGAGAGAAUUCGACUGACCAUCAUUAACAAUCUUUUGAAGUAUCAUCCAGAAUCUAGUGCCCAACUUGCUAUGGGUGAGGCUUUUGGAAUAAAAGCACCAGAGAAGAAGCUUGAUGUUGAUAUUGCAACUCAUGUACAAGUGAAGGAAGAUGGAACCAAGAGGAGUUUACUUUAUAUAGAGACAGCAGAUAGACCUGGAUUACUGGUAGAAAUCAUCAAAAUUAUUGCUGAUAUUAACAUUGAUGUGGAAUCAGCUGAAAUUGAUACAGAAGUAUGCUCUCUCUCUCUCUCUCUCUCUCUCUCUCUCUCUCUCUCAUACACACAUUAUGUUAUGAUCAAGUGCUCAUCUCUCAUUCAACAGGGACUGGUAGCCAAAGAUAAGUUUCAUGUCAGCUACAGAGGGGCAGCGUUAAACACCUCGUUGUCUCAGGUCUUGGUGAAUUGUCUACGCUAUUAUCUCCGAAGGCCAGAAACAGAUAUAGAUAGUUACUAAAACCCGGAAAUACCUCUUUCGUGUCUGUAAACCCAGUGUAACUCUUCUUCUAUCAAAUCAUCCUUGAGCUGUAAAAAUCCCCAAAAAGGUCAGACGCUAUGGUUUUUUACUCGCAUUCUGGAAGGCUUUUGUAACAGAUGCCAGUGACUCCCUUCUCGUUACCUGGGAAAUGACUGAUAUAAUUAAUAAAUGGAAUAUGAAAACCAGCUACUUUUUGA